AUGUGCGCAGAAGACGAUAACAUGGUGAUUAUGAAAGAUUCAGUUCCCGAAGAUUACUUUACCUAUAAAAGUUUCGAACAACAAUUAUUAAGUUUCAAAAAUUGGAAAGGCAAUUUAACCCCUGUGCAAUUGGUAAAGGCUGGAUUUUAUUAUACUAAAUUCGCGGUGGACGAAUGGGGAAAGAAAGAUAGGAGAGCAAUUACUUCAGGAUCAAUCCCCAUGAGACUGCAUUUAAAAUUAAUCGAAGAAUUCCAUCUAAAACUGUCAAGAGCGCUACCAGGAUCAACUAUAUCAAUAGGAGGUGAUGAAAAGAAGAGAAAAAUAUCAAACGAACUUGAUCAAUCCAAUAUUGACACACAGGCAGCGGAUCCAGUGCCAAUACAAGCUACGGAAGAUGCCACAAAGUGGAAUGAGUGCCUCAACCCCCUGUUGUUCACCCUUGUGCAUCAAACAUUUUUUGAUGACGCCAUCCGAAAAAGGAUGUCAAUACCAUUUUGCAGUGAGGAAAAAGAAACAUUUGAAAAAGUAUGCAAAAUGGGUUUCUUCUAUAUGCUCAUAAGAAGGAUACACUUGGGAAUCGGGUACAUCUUGAGCAAUGAGAGUUUCUAUACAAGGAUGACUUGGCAUGAAACAAAAGAAAAAUGCUUAAAAGAAGAAGCACGAAAAUGUUGGAAAAAUGUGAGGCAUGAAUAUGGAAAACAAAUAAAGAAAAUUCAGGGUCGGUCAGGAGAUGGAGCAGAGAAUGAAAUAGUUUGCCAGUGGCCUUAUUUUGAAAAAUUACAUUUCUUACGUGAUCAGUUCACGCCUCGUUACUCAUCUACAAAUUUACUAGAUGAUACACAGGACACUGUGGAAAGCAAUCCAGAAGAUUCAAAUCUAGAGGAAUCUGAUACUGACGCUGAACAAUCUACCUCCACCUCAAUAACAAAUGUGCUGAGCCCUAGUUCCGAAUUACAAGAUGUGGUUGCAACUACAUCAUCUUCAAGUCGUGCUACUUCAGGUUCAAAAUACUCUGUUACCCAAACGGGUUAUAAAAGGCGAAUAACCCCACAAAUAGAAAUUGGGAGACAGCUAGUUGACAUUGAAAAAGAAAAACUAGCCUUAAGGACAAAUAAAAUGUCCCAGGAUCCCAAUGAUGAUGAUAUAUUGUUUUUCAAUUUCCUUCUUCCUUAUGUGAAAAAAUUGACGCCUAGAGAUAAAUUAAAAUUUCGAAUGGAUAUGCAGAACUCUUUAUUUGAAUUCCUGUAUCCUUCAAAACAGCAGACGCUGGCCUGUUUAGUACCUGCUGCCAGUGCUGCCACCCAGAUAGAACAUGGCCCGCAUGUUCAACCUGGUCCUUCUCGGUGUGAACCAGUUUGGAGCGAAGAAUUAGCCACCUGUGGUGAGUGUGGCAUUGAAGGGCCCCUAGACUGGGUGCAAAAACAUUUUUUGGAACAUUUUGAAAAAGAAAACAAUAGUCCCAAUGAAUUAGAAGGUUCAACAAAUCCUGAAAAUGAUGUAGAAAAUCCUUUGUCACCCUUGCCAUCUGGAAAUGACUCGGAGGCAGAUGCAAAAUUGUGGAUUGACAGUUCAACUGUUUUACUGAUUCGAUUGGUGGAAAAAAACUAUUCUGCAUUUGAUGGUACAAUGAAAAAAAUUAUUUGGAAAAAAAUUGCUUCAGAAUUGUCAAAAAUUGCCAAUAAAAAUUUUACACCAGAGCAAGUAGAUACAAAGUGGAAAGGUCUCAAGAGAACCUACAAGAAAAUCAAGGACCAUAAUUCAGAAACUGGAAGAAACAGGAAAACCUGGCAGUUCUUUGAUAUUAUGGACGCAUUCGUUAACAAACAACCGGAAAUAGAAGCACCGGCAACAUGCAGCUCUGAAUCUGGUCUGCAGAUAAAUCCAAAAAAUGAAGCUGUGACUCCUACCACCUCACGAGAUACUGAUAAUAAAAAACGAAAACUUGAAAAUUCUUCUGAGAGGCGGCAUAAAGAAAAGAUCAAUAGAAUGGAUAGGUUUUUGGAUCUUUACCAGCUUUCGGUAGAAUAUCAGAUAGGAAAGAAGUUAAAUGAUAAUAAUCCAAAAGACUAA